AGGAGGGGGGAACGGCAGACGGCGGGUGGGCAGGGCUGGGGUCCUGCUGUCGGCUUCUUUUUACGCCACAAAUCACGCUAACGACAUUAUUCAAACCUAACACGCGGACACACGGACGGUGCCGGGAUGAGUUAGGGGGCCGCGCUGCGUGUGUGCCAGUGCACUGAAACAUGGGUCGUCGCAGCGUCCACGUCCUCCUGCUGCUGCUCCUGCUGCAGGCCCUGCACACAUCAGCCGAGGGCUCAGAUGGACAGUUGGUGUGUCUGUGCGACAGCCCCACAUGCCCCCAGGCCGCCCGCUGCCAGGGAACCCGGUGCUUCUCCUCUGUCAAAGUGGGCGGCAGCAGGGUGGCGUUUGAGCAUGGCUGCCUGAACGGGCCGGAAAAAAUCCUCCUACAUUGCUCCACGGCUCCGUCCUUCCACCAGGCGAUUGUCUGCUGCUCUGACAACAUGUGCAACGGCAACACCACCAGGAACUCUCUGAUGUCUCUGCUUCCGUCAGAAGACGAGCCAGCAGGCGAGCCUGUCCGCUAUCGUGUCCAGACCUUGGCUCUCUUCGUGCUCGGCCCAGUGGUGGUUCUGGCUCUGCUGUCUGUAGUGUCGGUGCUGGCCUGCAGGAGGCUCCACCACGGCCGUCUGCAGAGGCUGCAGGAAUUUGACACCGAGCAGGGAGCCAUCGACGGCCUCAUCUCCUCAAAUGUGGGAGACAGCACUUUAGCGGACCUGUUGGCUCACUCUUGUACGUCAGGUAGUGGUUCAGGUCUUCCCUUCCUUGUCCAGAGAACUGUGGCCAGGCAGAUCAGUCUGAUGGAGUGUGUAGGCAAAGGAAGGUAUGGGGAGGUGUGGCGGGGUCAGUGGCAGGGGGAGAACGUGGCCGUUAAAAUCUUCUCGUCCAGAGAUGAAAAGUCCUGGUUCAGAGAGACGGAAAUCUACAACACGGUACUGCUAAGACAUGAAAACAUACUGGGCUUCAUGGCGUCUGACAUGACGUCUCGAAACUCCAGCACCCAGCUGUGGCUCAUCACCCACUACCACGAAAACGGCUCGCUCUACGACUACCUGCAGCGGGUCGCUGUAGAGACGUCGGAGGGCCUGGCGAUGGCGGCUUCGAUCGCGUGCGGCCUCGUGCACCUACACACGGAGAUCUUCGGCACCGAGGGGAAACCGGCCAUCGCACACCGGGACCUGAAGAGCAAGAACAUCUUGGUCACGAAGGAGCUGCGCUGCUGCAUCGCAGACCUGGGUCUUGCUGUGACCCACUUCCAGGCAGACAACCUGCUGGACGUGGGCAACAACCCCAAGGUCGGCACAAAGCGCUACAUGGCACCCGAAGUGCUGGACGAGACCAUUCAGACGGACUGCUUCGAUGCCUACAAGAGAGUGGACAUCUGGGCGUUUGGACUGGUGCUGUGGGAGAUCGCGCGGCGCACAUACAGCAACGGUAUCGUAGAGGAGUACAAACCUCCGUUCUAUGAUCAGGUGCCAAAUGACCCCAGCUUUGAGGACAUGAGGAAGGUUGUGUGUGUGGAGCAGCAGAGGCCAUUCAUUCCCAAUCGCUGGUUCUCUGAUCCUACUCUCUCUGCCCUGGUGAAACUGAUGAAGGAGUGCUGGUACCAGAACCCCUCAGCGCGACUAACGGCUCUGCGCAUCAAGAAGACCCUGGACAAGAUCCACAGCUCUCUGGAGAAGGGUAAGGAGUCGUGAGGGGGGAGAGGAGCUUCAGAGGCAGGCUGCUGCCUGGCGGGGAGUUCGGCUCAGAGAAGAGCCUCGUGUUUGUUGACGGAGAACGGGCGAUGAGGAGGACGGAUAGAAGACCAGAGGAAAAAAGAGUUCAAGUGUCAUCUAGCCUCAUCUCUUCUCUUGCUCUCUCAAAUUCUCUUCCUUUUCUCUGUGGCUGCCCUCCACCCUGACAUCCCUCUCUCUCUGACGAGAUGUCUGGACUUGUCCAGUCUGACGAAGAGCCAGCCUUCGCCACGGGACAUAAACCUGUUGCCAAUGUGUUCGCACUGACUUGAACCGUCGGACUGUUACUGAGUGUGAACAACACAGAUGGCACGUUGUAGUAUCCCAUCCCAAUGCUUUAACGCCCAUUUAAGACUGCUCUGGGUUUCGGCCUUCUCUCACACACACAUACACACACCUGAAACACAACAUACCUGGUUCUGGCAUGCGGUCGUGGCACUUUGGCUCAGAGACAAUCAGAUAUAUUUCACUCACUAAGCUUUUAUCAGAACAUGCCAACUAUCACCACAAACGUACGCACUCCGAAAACACACAUAUACGUUUACGUACAAAAGGAAAAGAGCCAAUAGAAAGAAUUGUUUUUAAACUUUUUAAAUGUAGUAUGAUAUUUAUGAGGAUAUGCAAGAUUGACGGGGCGUGACAUGGACUGAAUACAUUUACAGGAAUCGACUCUCUAACUGUGCCCCACGUUUUCAUUUAUGAAGCAAGUAGGAAAUCAUUUGUUGAGAAAAGGAAGGAGAAUUAUUCCUGCCGAGGUUGUUUGGAAAAGAGGAUAAAAACAUUACAUGUUUAUUCUAGUGCUUCCUGAAACAAGACAGUGAGAACCCGCCAAUAGGAAUUAUUCUGUAUUUUAUGAUAAGAAUAUGAAAUGAGCUGCUCCUCUCUGCCCGUCAUACUUCCUAAACUCACUGUGGCAGAUAAAACUAUAGUCUUCUGUGUCAGCAGAGAUGAAUCAAGGAAGACCUGUUCGUGGUAGAUACUGAUACUCCGUGUCCCAUCAUGCCACACACAUGGUGUACAAGUCGCCUGAUUGAUGAAAACAACCAUAAAAAAACACUCCAUCUUCAUCAGGAACCCGUUUUAUUUAAAAACAUACAGUUGCCUAGAUGUGCAGUUACAAAUGUGUUCACAAAUGUUGUUUUUGUUUUUUUAAACUAUUGCUUUGUCUUUUUUUAUAUGUAAUAAAACAUUUACUGCAUUAUUGCUUUACCAUUA